AUGCCGGAAUUGACAAACAGUUUCUUAAUCAAUAUUGGAGUCAAAGACCAGAAGGAGGGGAAAAGAAGUAAGAAAUGUCAGCAAUACGGCCACUCAUGUCUUGGCGGACAUGGAAAAAGGAGUCAAGAAUUGUCGCCCGGAAUGGUUCAACACAUCUCGGAGUUGCAGCGGAUUAAUGACCCACUCUUAGAGCGAAUGGCAAACCUUUUAAGGAUUAUUAUCACACAACGGAUGGAUACCCUUCAAAGACAACCCGAUAAUGAACUGCAAACACAAAUGGAUUUUGAAGUCACCAAAUAAUAAUCUUAUACUUAAUUUUUUGUAACUUUAUUCCAAUACCCGUCCCUAUAUGAACGAC